ACCUCAUCUUUAGCUGCUCUCUCUCCCUCCCUCUCUCGACUCUAUCUUUUAGUAGUACUAAUUUUAAUUAGGUUUAGAUUUUGGUGGGGUUUGUUCUAUAGAGAGAGAGAGAGGGAUCAGUAAAAGAUGAGCUGGUGUGAUGGUUCAGAUGACCUCAAUCUUGAAAGAGCAUCCAACAUUGAUCAUCCAUCGAUUCAACUCAAAGAUCAAUCUCAAUCAUGUGUCACGAGCCGUCCAGAUUCAAAGAUUAUCGUUGAAUCUCCCAUUAUGACUUGUUCUUCUUGUGGACAUAAGAUGCAUCAACAAGACGACCAGGUUGGCAGCAUCAAAGAUUUACAAAGUUUACCGGCAGGAGUCAAAUUCGACCCGUCGGAUAAAGAGAUCCUUAUGCACUUGGAGGCGAAGGUUUCAUCCGAUAAGCGGAAGCUUCAUCCGUUGAUCGAUGAGUUUAUACCUACACUUGAAGGAGAGAAUGGAAUUUGUUAUACGCAUCCUGAGAAACUUCCUGGAGUAAGCAAAGACGGGCAAGUACGACACUUCUUCCACCGGCCGUCAAAGGCUUACACGACGGGAACACGAAAACGUAGAAAAGUGAGCACAGACGAGGAAGGGCACGAGACACGGUGGCACAAAACGGGAAAGACCCGACCAGUUUUGUCUCAGUCAGGAGAAGCUGGUUUCAAGAAGAUCCUAGUGCUCUACACGAACUACGGUCGCCAGAAGAAGCCCGAGAAGACGAACUGGGUGAUGCAUCAGUAUCACUUAGGCCACAGUGAGGAUGAGAAAGACGGCGAACCAGUUCUCUCUAAAGUCUUCUACCAAACACAGCCUAGGCAAUGUGGAGGAUCGACCGAAACUAAACCUAAGAAUCUCGUAAACCUAAACCGGUUCAGUUAUGAAAAUCUUCAGGGCGGCUUUUCGUAUGAGCAUGGAGGGAAAAGCGAAGACACGACGCAGGUGAUUCGAGAGUUGGUGGUUCGUGACGGCGAUGUGUCAUGUUCGUUUCUUAGUUUUACUUGUGAUGCAAGUAAGGGUAAAGACAGCUUCAUGAAGAAUCAGUGAAACAUAUAAUAUACAAAUGCAGGUGCUUUGUGGAGUAAAGAUGGGGAAAAUAAUGAUGUGACUGAGGGAGAACAGAUUCUUUGUGUAGGUGUUGGGUAACUAUCAUAGUAAAUUAUCUCAAAGCUUUAAAGAGAUUUUAGGUUUAACUUUUGUUUGGGGUUUAAAUUGGGGAGGCAACUUUAACCUCGACGCAUUACUAAUCUUUGUUUUUUUUUCGUCCUAAAUAAAAUCUGUCGAAAAAUACUGUAAUAGCUCUUCUUUUCCAAUUAUUGUAACAAAAUAAGGUAAUAAUCAAAUAAAUAAAGGGAUAUUAAUACA